AUUACUCACCUCUACCCUCGUCCAGAGAACCUUAUGACAGUUGCGCAUGCGCUUUCGCAAACUCUUGACCUCAUAGAGGACGGUUUCUCCCACACCGGUUGUUUUGGAAACGGCUUACACAAAGCGAAAGCCUCCCUUGCGCAUGCGCAGUACUUCACACCUAGAGCCUCGUCCGGAGAGGUCUUAUGACAGCUGCGCAUGCGCUUUCGUAAGGAGGAACUCGCUCCUUUUGGGAGGCUUUGGGUGAAAUGAGUAGCGGGGCUGCCGGGACCUUAAGCGUCAAUAAAACUGCGGAGUCCCCGGUUUCUGGAAGCGGUCAUAAAAGGAGGGAUUCCCUGGGGUCCGCGUCCUCGUGCCCUAUUUUUAAAGAUGUUGGUGAGAUAUAUUCCCGACUUCUGGACCACCGACCAGUUAUUCAAGGAGAAAUUCGCUAUUUCAUCAAAGAAUUCGAAGAAAAAAGGGGUCUCCGAGAAUUGCGGGUUCUUGAAAACUUAAACAACACAGUAUUUGAGGCAAAUGACAAGAUUAUGCCAAAAUGUGAAGAAGUAAUGCAUGGAAAUCUAAAUGAAAUAUUAAAGAGAUUACAGGUAGCCAACCAGAUGUUCCAUACAUUGCAGCAAACAGAACAGGAAGAACGUCAGCUUCAGGCCGAGAAAUUAAGGGCUGGUGAAGCCCGACGUCUAGCUGACUGGGAGGAAUUCAUGAAGGAGCAGCAUCGCCUGAAGACAAUGGUCAACGAAGAGCAUUCAAAAGCUAUGGAGCAUCUUAAAGAACAAUAUGCAGCUUUGGAGAAGGACCUCCCAAAACAGGCUCUCUAAGAAACUCUCUCCUGGCAUUUCCUGGCAGUUUUCAAGUUUCAAGAUUUCCAGCACAGUAUUAGAAUCUAGAUAAAAAUAAUAGGGACCAAAACCAAAAAGUGCUACUUAGCAAUUGAAUUUGGUUUCUUGCACUGAAUGAUUGUUUCAAACACACACGCUGAAGGUUUGGCAGCAGCAAUAACAGUAUUGUACUUCAACAAACUAUGUUAAGUGCACAAUUUAAAGUCUAUUUACCAAAUGACUAAUUAGGUAUGUUUUGUUUGAGUCCUUUCAAUGAGCUCUCCUGUUAUUUUCCCUGAAGAAUUCGCUUCGGUUGGAGGCAGGGAGGGUCGUAAUUAUGCGCAGACAUACAGCAAUGGCCUAACGUGUAGAGUAAUAACUGUAAAAGGCCACUUAACUUGGGAGUAUAAUAGUCUGAAGUCUAUGAAUGAAUUCUUUAUGUUACUAAGGUUAUCAGGAUAAGUUUUAAAAACCUCGAGAAAGAAGUCAUUAUUGCACUGAAUUUGUUCUGACUGGAGAGAAUGGGAGGGUAUUAGGUUGGCUGUCUUUGAGGUAUGUAUUUAUCUUAUUAUUAUUAUUCCUGUGGGCCAUACAAAUAAAUACUCUCAUAUGUUUAAUGGCCUGAAAAGGUCUGGAAUAAGGUUGUGUAG